AUGAGUUUGGUUCAGUCACUUGCCGUGGCACCGCGUAGAAACUUUGUGUUCAAGAACUGGGCUGGGAUUUAUUCUGCCAAGUCGCAGCUGUAUUUUCAGCCAACUUCUGUGGAUGAAGUUGUCAAGAUUGUCAAUGCAGCAAGAGAUGAAAAGAUGACGUUGGUUACAGUCGGCUCAGGUCACUCGCCCAGUGAUAUGUGUAUGACCAACGAGUGGCUCAUGAAUCUGGAUAAAAUGGAUAAAGUACACGAAUUUAAGGAGUACCCAGAGGAAAAUUAUGCAGAUGUGACUGUUGAUGCCGGUUUGCGAGUUUACGCCUUAAGCGAUGUUGUUGCCAAGAAGGGGUACGCGAUUCAGAACUUGGGCUCGAUCUCAGAGCAAAGUGUUGCUGGUAUCAUAGCUACCGGUACGCAUGGAUCUUCUCCUUACCAAGGCUUAGUUUCCUCCCAGUAUGUGAACUUGACCAUUGUUAAUGGUAAGGGAGAAAUCGUCUUUUUGGAUUCAAAGAACCACCCCGAUGUAUUCAGAGCAGCUCUGCUUUCGUUAGGUAAGAUCGGUGUCAUUGUGCGUGCCACCAUCCGGGUUGUGCCUGCGUUCAAUAUAAAAUCGACUCAAGAAGUGAUAGAUUUCGAGAAUUUAUUAAGCAAAUGGGACACUCUCUGGACUUCUUCAGAAUUUAUCAGGGUGUGGUGGUACCCAUACACUGGUAAAUGUAUUUUAUGGAGAGGUUUGAAGACUGAAGAAGCUCGUACCACCCCGCGUAAAUCCUGGUGGGGAAGUUCAGCUGGAAGAUUCUUCUACGAGUGCCUUCUAUGGCUGUCGGCAAGAGUAUACAGGCCAUUGACGCCUGCUGUCGAAAGAUUUGUUUUCCAUAGGCAAUAUGGUAAGGUUGAAACCAUGGGUAGUGGUGACGUCGAAGUCGCAAACUCAAUUGACAGUUUGAACAUGGAUUGUUUAUUCUCGCAGUUUGUUGAUGAGUGGGCCUGUCCGUUGAACAAUGGUAUCGAAGUUCUUCGCACGCUAGACCACUCAAUCAGACAAGCUGCUCAGAACAAGGACUUCUAUGUUCACGUCCCAAUGGAAAUUCGUUGCUCAAACACUACCUUGCCUGCAAAGGCUCCUAGUACCAAAGAUAGAAAUGCCUGCAGCCCUGGCCCAGUCUUUGGUAACGUUUUGCGUCCCUACCUUGAUACAACCCCUCAAUACAAAUAUACACCACUUUCUGAUGUUACUAACAGCCAAUUAACCCUAUACAUAAACGCUACGAUGUACAGGCCAUUUGGCUACAAUUCGCAAGUUCGCAAAUGGUACAACAUUUUUGAAGAUACUAUGACCGCUGCCGGUGGGAAGCCUCAUUGGGCUAAGAACUUCCUUGGUUCUACGUCAAUGGCGCCAAACGCAUCCAAAAAGGACUCUGAGUAUGCCGAUUACGAAAUGAGAGGUAUGGCAACGAAGAUUAAGGAAUGGUACGGUGAUGACUUGGAGAGCUUCAAGAAGGUUAGAAGGCAGCAGGACCCUGAAAACGUUUUCGUCGCGAACAGGGACUGGUGCAUUCGUAAUGGUAUCGUUGAUCUUGAGGAACUGGAUUAA